AUGGAAGAAUUAGGAAUCUCGACCGGUCAAAAGACCGUGGUCGAUGCUAGAAGUGUUCAAGCACCGGUUGGCACCGGGCAGGAGACGUCGAGCGGGUCGACGUCGCCUCAGUCUGGUUACAAAGAUCUGUAUCGAACAUUAAAAAAGCUUGAAAGAGAAUACGAGUUGCUCGGGCUUCAAGAGGAAUAUAUCAAAGACGAACAGCGUCAUUUGAAACGGGAAUUGGUUCGUGCCCAAGAAGAAGUUAAACGAAUCCAGUCGGUGCCACUUGUCAUUGGCCAGUUUCUCGAGCCCAUUGACCAGCAUACGGGCAUUGUUUCUUCGACCACUGGAUCGAAUUAUGCGGUUCGUAUUCUGUCGACUUUAGAUCGCGAGUUGUUAAAACCUUCGUCAUCAGUGGCUCUUCAUCGCCAUUCAAAUGCUCUAGUGGAUAUUCUACCUCCAGAGGCCGAUUCGUCGAUUGCCAUGCUCGGUGCUGAUGAGAAGCCCGACGUCACAUAUGCCGAUGUAGGAGGUCUGGAUAUGCAGAAACAAGAGAUCCGUGAAGCGGUCGAGCUUCCUUUGACUCAGUUUGAACUUUAUAAACAGAUCGGUAUCGACCCUCCUCGCGGCGUGUUACUGUAUGGUCCUCCUGGUACCGGUAAGACCAUGCUGGUCAAGGCCGUGGCUAACAGCACGACCGCUUCGUUUAUCCGUGUAGUGGGUUCGGAAUUCGUACAGAAGUAUUUGGGAGAAGGACCCCGUAUGGUGCGAGACGUGUUCCGACUAGCACGAGAGAACUCGCCGUCGAUUAUUUUCAUUGAUGAAAUCGAUGCCAUUGCAACCAAACGGUUUGACGCUCAAACCGGAGCUGACCGUGAAGUGCAGAGAAUUCUGCUUGAACUGUUGAAUCAAAUGGACGGAUUCGACCAAACGUCGAACGUCAAAGUGAUUAUGGCCACCAACCGAGCCGAUACUUUAGACCCUGCUCUCAUGAGACCUGGUCGAUUAGACCGGAAAAUCGAGUUCCCGUCGCUGCGAGACCGCCGUGAACGACGACUCAUCUUCACCACCAUCGCAUCUAAGAUGUCGCUGGCGCCCGAAGUCGAUCUCGACUCGCUCAUUGUACGUAACGACCCGCUUUCUGGCGCCGUCAUCGCUGCCAUCAUGCAAGAAGCCGGUCUACGAGCCGUCCGCAAGAACCGCUACGUGAUCCUGCAAUCCGAUAUCGAAGAGGCCUACUCCAGUCAGGUCAAGGUCGGCUCCGACGUCGACAAAUUCGAUUUCUAUAAAUAA